CACAGAUUGUGUUCUACCGGACGGUACUCAUGAGCGCACAUGUUCGCUGUUUCCUUGGUAACGACAUUACGUCCACUAUUGACCAAACACGUUAGCGGUCUAUUGACACAACAUGGACAUCCAGGAACUCAAGGUCCGAGGCUGUGGAGACAACAUCGUAGACAUGGUCGACAUGGACGAAGAAGACUUUGCUAUUUCCAGUUCCUCAGCGGCAGACGCCGCUUUUGAUGCUGUUAUUGGCUGCAUAGAGGACAUCAUCAUGGAGGAGGAGUUCCAGCAGCUUCAGCAGAGCUUCAUGGAGAAACACUACCUGGAGUUUGAGGACUCAGACGAGAACAAGCUCAGCUACACACCCAUCUUCGAUGAAUAUGUUGACCUGCUGGAGAAACACCUGGAGCAGCAGCUGGUGGAGAGGAUCCCUGCCUUCAACAUGAACACUUUCAUAGGGCUGCUCAUGCAGCACAAAGAGGAGGUGCCAGGUGACAUCUUUGACAUGCUGCUAACGUUCACUGACUUCAUGGCCUUUAAGGAGAUGUUUCUGGAGUACAGAGCUGAGAAGGAGGGCCGAGGUCUGGACCUGAGUCAAGGACUGGUGGUCACAUCUCUGAUCCCUGCAGGCUCCAAACACACCAGCUCCGGCGAAUCGCAGUGACACUCAAACAUUUGAAUUUCCUCCUCCUCUAUAAGUUUAUGUAACAUUUUGUCCAUGGGCCUUCAGAAAGUUGUCCAUUUGUGGUCAGUUUUUUGGGAGUUUUGUACUCUAAUGGUGAGCUGCUGGAUGCACGCCCCAUAAAUCUACAGUCUGUGCACAAAUGACCCCUAACAUCAAAUUCAUAUAUGCAUUCCUCUGUGUUUUAUGUGGCGGAUGGGAUGGGAUGUGUGCUUAAGAGUGAAGAUGGAAGGUUUUUGGCUUCUUUCUACUGCCCCAACCACUGCACUGGACAUAAUUACUACUUGAAAUAUUCAAAUCUGUUUAACUGGAAUCUGGAGGUGAGAGGUUUAAUCCUGAAAUUAUGAAUCACCUGCCUAGUUGGGCAUUACGUUCUGCCUGGUUGGGGGAGAAGGAACCCAAUACUCUGGUGCUGGUACUUAAUUGAUACUUGUUUUUCAAGUCAUCCAACUGGUUCUUCUGUGAAAGGCGUCAACAAAUCCCCCUGUAAGCAGGGAAACUAUUUGAUAUGACUGAAUGUUUGACUCUGCUUUCUUCGCCUGGUAUGUUUUUUCUUAAGAAAAGAAUAUAGCAGAACUAAUAUAUGUUUUAUGAAGUUUUAAAUUAUUUGGUCAGUUUGAAAACUCAUUGGAUUGAGUUUUGUGCCUGUGAAAGUGAUUUUUAAUGUAUUUAGUGAUUGUGUGUGCAUGUGAGUGCGUCUGCAAUUAGAAAUAUGAACUACAGGAUAGUUUUCAGUACAUUGUCAAAGUAUUUUCUACUUGUCUUAACAUAACAGCUGUAAUUCCAUACGUAUAUGUAUGUCACUGGUGAAAUACUGUUGAUGUUUCAAUUGUUCGUAAAAAUAUAUUUUUAAAUAAACGGAUAAAAGCGUUA